UGAUCGAUACAAGGCCUAAGGAAGGAGUAACGACCCCUUCAUUUUUACCACAGAUUUCGUAGAGCACGUUUGUUCAUUUCCUCCUUUGCGGUGCAAAAACUACACAACAACAAGAGACAAAGAAAAAAUGUGUCCUUCUGGAAGAACCCUACGUGCCGAGGUCGCCGAUAGCUCGUCUUUGCGGCCAGCUUUCAACGUGCUCGACGCCGACAACGACGGAAAGAUCAGCCGGGACGACCUUCGCACGUUCUACGCAGGGUUUUCGAGCGGAGGAGCCGACGAAGACGCUAUAAAGUCGAUGAUAUCGGUGGCGGAUAUCAACAAAGACGGCUUCGUGGAGUACGACGAGUUCGAGCGCGUUUUGGGUGAUCGGAGAAGGUCACCGCAGGCACGUGGUGGUGGUGGUGGCGGUGAGAUUAUGGUAGACGUGUUUAGGAUCAUGGACAAGGACGGGGAUGGGAAGCUGAGCCAUGGCGAUUUGAAGAGCUACAUGGAGUGGGCUGGAUUCGCUGCCACUGAUGAAGAUAUUAGAGCUAUGAUUGCGUUGGGAGGCGGUGAUGAAAAGGGCGGUGUGUCCUAUGACGGUUUGCUCAAGAUAUUGGCCAUUGAUUUUAGCUCAUAAUCUUCCCGUCGUUGGAAUUUUCAAUUUUUCAGAGAUCUGUUCAGCUUUUUGUCCUAUUAGUUUUUGUAGUUUUAUAUUGUUUUUUUUUUCAACAAACUUUUGUUCUUCUUCUUCGGGAGAAUAAUCGACGCUAGUGUUGGGUCUUGUUCCAUUGUCUUGACUCUUGAGCCAUUCCAGGUGAAGACGCGUUCGUUUUGGGAUUUGACUGGUAGAUGUGCGUGCCUUAAUCAUGUGGUGUAAGAAUACUCGUUUCCUUUUUCAAAUUGUAGGUAUUAAUCGACAAAUAUUAGAUGCUCUCUUGAUUGUA